AAAACUGAAAACUCAAAACCAUCCAAGAAGCAAUUCGCCAGCGACAGUCUUCGACGGCAACUCGAGGAGAGCGCUACGGUCUAAACUCCGGUCCAAAACUAUACAAUAUAUAUUCAAACUAUAUAAUCGGUCAUUAUCGGUUCUGUGCCACAAUCAGUGAACAAUUGUUAGUCAAGAUCUAACAGAAUGAAGUUCGUGAUUUUGCUGUGCGUCCUGAGCGCGUUGCUGCUGCAGAUUGAGGCAUCCCCGCUGCAGCGGCUCUCCAGAAGCGAACGGGCUGUGGCCCGCCAGCAAACUGUGAACAAUGAUGUGGCUCCUCCGGCGGCUCCCGCCAGCGAGGAUGACGAGGACGACGAUGAUGACGAGGACGAUGAUGAUGAGCCCGAUCUAGGGGAUCUGAUCGAUGAUGAUGAUGAUGACGACGAGGAGGAGGAUGACGACGAUGACGAGGAGGAGGACGACACGCCACAGGGCCAGGCUGCUCCUGCGGCCGGUUCCAGCGACGAUGAUGAGGAGGAGGACGACGAUGAUGAUGACUAUCUGGACAGGCUGUUCGAUGACAUCCUGGGAGACGACGAUGAUGAGGAUGACGAUGAUGAAGUGGCUCCUGCUGCCAGUGCCCCCCAGAACGCCGUCACAGCUGCCCCUGCCCAAGCUCUGGAUGAGGUUGCCCCCGCUGGUGGCUCUUCGGUGACCUCCGGCAUCUCCGAUGGCGUCGACCUGCCAGCCGAGUCCGGAAAUAUUGCGGAACCUGUGGCCGCCGGAAAUGCCGCCGAUGAGUCCGUUUCCGCCGCCGUGGCACCCGCCCAGGCAGCCGCCGCCAGCAGCAACAACGAAGGUAUCGCCGGCGACGACGACGAGGAGGGCGACGAUGAUGAUGAGGACGACGACGACGACAUCAUUGGCGAGGACAUCAUCGAGGCUCGCCGCGAAGCACGUGAGUCCAAAUCGAAGUCCGAGACGGCGACAAAAGCUGUCAAGGCCAAGAAGUCGACAAGUCCCUCCAAGAAGGCCAAAAAAGAGCUGAAGCAUUAAACCAAACAAUUGCUAAAAAAAAAAAAAAAUUAAAAAUCAUGAACAACAACAACAACCACCAACAGAAAAGAACAACAACUGAAGACAGGGACCAACAACAACAAAAAAACAAAAAAUAAUAAUACUACGAUACUACAGAACAAUCGAUAGCCCCGAUAGAAAAAGGAAAGCGAAUUUUCAAAACAUUUCUCCCUUUUUUGGGGCAGGACGCGAUCCGGACAUUUGCAAUUGCAUCUUUGCCUGCACUGACUAUCCCCCCACCCCCACCCUCUAUCCUCUAAUUUAUUUAAAACUGAGUUAAGUAUCGCCUGCCCCCUCAAUUGGGGAUGGGAGUUGUUUAUCGAGAGUUUGGUGCUAGUCGAACUAUCUGCAAAAAAAAGCAAAAAACAAAACAAGGCACAAUUGUUACUUCCCCCAAAUGAGCAUUCCCACAUUCCUUUUCCACAAAACCGCACAAUUGUUGAGUUAUUUACGCACGGACUGUUUCACCUGACAAGAGAUUUGCAACAGCAACUGUAACGCACUACUGCUGCAAGUGGAACAUGCCACUGCAACAGCAACAGCAAAAGCAACAUGUUUAAUGCCCAAGCACAAAACACGAAAAGCAUAAGAAGAAGUUGAUGAUUGAUGAAGAUAAGAAGAUGGCGCAGAAGAGGCGGAAGAAGGAGUAAAGAAGAAGCAGGAGCAGAGCAAGUGAAGCGAAGACAGCAAUGUUCGAAAAAUGGCUUCCCUCGCUCUCUUUCCCACUCCAACACAUGCACAGUUAUAUCAGAGAUGGGCCAUAUUAAGUAUACGCACAUCGAGUGCCAUUCUGCCAUUGUCCAUCUCUGAUUGGUGCAUAUCUCUCUCUCCCCCUCUCAUUACACAUCCCGCAUUACACUUAUAGCUAAAUUGAUGUAACAAAACCAACAACAACAACAACAACAAAUCAACACCAACACAGCAAUAAGAAUUGUUCACUUAGUGUAAUUUAUUUAUUUCUAGUUGUAAUCGCUCUCCCACACUGAUUUCGUAUUUAUUUUUGUAAUUAAAACCAAACAAUGAUCAGAUUCGGAAUUUAUUAUCACGAUGUAAACAAACAGCCUAUCUCACUUACUCUCUAUCUCUAUACCUGUCUCUAUGUCUAUUUCUGUCUCAUGCACACGCACACCAACGCAUACCAGCACUCUAGCUCUCUUGCUUUCACACAUUUGGCUUACAAUUGAACAAUUGACAAAAAAACACAAAAAAUGUAAUCUACUUUACAUAUUUGGCUUUUCUGCUCUCUUUUUCGGCUCGCAUAAUUUUCCAAACGUAAAUAACGCAAAUUUUGUAAAAAAACUAUAGAAAAAACUGAAACUGAAACUAAAACGACAACAAAUUGUAGCUAAAAGUUGAACGCUUGAAAGGCAGCGCAAAAUUUCACAAAAAACACACACAAAAUGGAAGAAAAUAGAAAAUUGUUAAACUUUGCGUUUUAGGUCAUUUAAUUUAUAAUUUAUUUAUUUAUUUAUUUAUUUAUUAUUUAUUGUAAAAAACAAAACAAGACAAAAAACAAACAAAAAAAAAAAUGGACAUCCACAAACCAAGCAAGAACAUGAAGAACAAACCACAAAACAACAUGAAAUUUGCUUAAAUAAAUUUGCGAAAUGAAAUUCA